CAACCUCUGUCAUCUGUCAUCUUUGUGAAAACAGCUUAUGCCCUUAGCCCUUUUUAAAACCAAGCAAUAAAUGCCACCUGCUGGCAAGCGAAACAGCAUGAAGCUCACCUUCAUGAAGGAUGCUCACUUUUCACAGAUACAGUUCUACGCUGCUUUCCUUUUGAUUUUCCCUCACUACUCUCAACUGCAGCCUCCCUUUUAUCACAAACCAUGCUGUGCCAGUGGAAAAGAAGGCCCUCCGCAAGCCCUAACAUUUUUUUCCCCCGUUAACGUUCCCUUGAUUGAGACUCGUCAAUGUUAAGAGUCAGCUGAAAGAAAGCAAAAGCAGCCCAUUAAGCUCUAUUAACUGAAGGUGGCCACAGGGACACGGAGAAGAGUGGAAGAGGAGUAGGCAAUUUGCAGUUUCAUGCUGUUGCCUUAUGCACAUUCCACGUACAGUAAACCCGCCCCGCCAGCGUACAAGCUACAACAAUGAAUCUGUCUGACGUAAUGACUGACGUGAUGCUCACGCCAAAUAGCAGCCACAGAGAUGUGUUUUCAGGCAGUGCUUCGAACCACUCCUGUCCCUUAGGCUGGGGGCUAAAAGAAGGCUUAGAGGCUUGCAUCCUGGAGACUGCUGUUGUCGUAGUCCUGACAGUGCUCAUUAUUGCUGGUAACUUGACUGUGAUCUUCGUGUUCCACUGCGCCCCGCUGCUACAUCACUACACCACGAGCUACUUUAUCCAGACCAUGGCCUACGCAGACCUUCUCGUAGGCCUCAGCUGCCUGGUACCCACUCUGUCUCUGCUCCACUACCCAGCAAGUGUCCAGGAGCCUAUCACCUGUCAGGUUUUCAGCUAUGUCAUCUCUGUUCUAAAAAGUGUUUCAAUGGCUUGCUUGGCCUGUAUCAGUGUGGACCGCUAUUUGGCCAUCACCAAACCGCUAUCUUACAACCAACUGGUGACGCCGUGUCGGCUACGAGGCUGCAUCGCCCUCAUAUGGGUUUACUCCAGCCUGGUCUUCUUGCCCUCUUUCUUUGGGUGGGGGAAGCCAGGCUAUCAUGGGGACAUUUUUGAGUGGUGUGCACAGUCUUGGCCUACCUCAGCCCUCUUUACAGGCUUUGUGGUAUGCCUGCUGUAUGCACCUGCUGCGCUGGUGGUCUGUUUUACCUACUAUCACAUCUUUCGCAUUUGCCAGCAGCACAACAGGGAGAUCAGCGAACGACGGGCACGUUUUCCAAGCCAAGAUAUGGAAACCGUCGAAGGAGACAGCGAUGGGCAACAAGGAGGGCACGGACCCGACCGGCGCUAUGCAAUGGUGCUGUUCCGCAUCACAAGCGUUUUCUAUAUGCUCUGGCUACCUUACAUCAUAUACUUUGUGUUGGAAAGCUCCCAUGUCGUGGACAGUCCAGCGCUUUCAUUCAUUACCACAUGGCUAGCGAUCAGCAAUAGUUUUUGCAACUGUGUCAUAUACAGCCUGUCCAAUAGCGUGUUCCGACUGGGCAUGCGUAGGCUAUCACAGACAAUUUGCUCCUUCAGCCACUGUGCUGCUGACGACAGGGACUUUGGGAACCCUAAACCGAAAAAAAGGGUUAACUCAUGCUCCAUCUGAAUAAAUGACUAGUCAAAGUACAAGGACACUAUGGACAUAGCUGAGUACAUCCAUCGUUAUUGAAUUGAAAGAGUAAAACCAAAACAAUUUCUAUUUUUAUUUGGUGGUGAUACUAGUGUUGUUCCCUUGACUGUGAGGCUUUUAGGAGUUUUGACCUCAUCAAGUAUGAGUUAUUUGCACAAGAAAAAAAACAAGUUAAAUGAAAGAGAGCCACACUCAGAAUGCUCUCGCUCUCUCUGGCUCACAACAUAGGUGUUCAACAUUGAUUCUGU